UGCCCUCUAAUGCGCCUUUCAGUUCACACUGGCCAACACUGGAGAAAAGGGAACUGGAGAGGAGAAUUCCAGUUUGACCGAACGGAAAUUACGUAACAGUACAUUGGAUUAUAACAAGGUCCCGUCAAAAUUACAGCUUUUCAAUUUCGGCGCUCAACUUAGAAUUUUCUCUUCUACUUUCCCUUCUCCCUAAAUAAUUUCUUUCCCCUUUCUCAAUCUCUUCUUCCAAUUUUUUGUUAAAUUCACUCGGCCUGUUCAUGUUUUAGUGCAUUUAUUCCCCCCCCCCCCCCCCCCCCCUUUUGUCCGAGAGCGAGAGGAAUUUUGGAGUUGAGUUUAUUGCCCAACGAUGAAAUCGCCUUUGCGGAAGCUGAGGAAUAUCGGAUUGCAUAAGAGCGAGCCUAAGAUAAAAUGGGAUCACAAAAUUUCGGUGCAUACUGAUGGGUUAACUCAAGCAGCAAAGGAUAUGAAAGAUAUGAGAACAUGCUAUGAUAGCUUGCUUUCAGCUGCUGCUGCAACUGCGAAUAGUGCUUAUGAGUUUUCGGAGUCAUUGCUGGAGAUGGGUAAUUGUCUAUUGGAGAAAACUGCAAUGCAUGAUAGUGGAGAAAGUAGAGGAGCAUUAUCGUUGCUGGGAAAACUGCAGCUUGAGCUUCAGAAACUAGUUGAUAGCUAUCGGACCCAUAUUAUCAUGACAAUUACAAACCCAUCAGAGUCUCUUCUUAGUGAGCUACGCAAAGUGGAGGAGAUGAAGUUGCAAUGCGAUGAAAAAAGAGAGAUGUUUGAAUACAUGGUGGGACAAGUUAGAGAAAAGGGACGGUCAAGACAUGGAAAAGGGGAGCCUUUCACCUCGCAGCAAUUGGAAGUUGUUUGUGAGGAAUACGAUGAUGCUGCAAGGCUCUGCAUUUUUCGUGUAGAAUCAUUGAAGCAAGGGCAAAGCCGGAGCCUAUUAACUCAAGCAGCUCGUCACCAUGCAGCACAGUUGAACUUUUUCCGGAAAGGAUAUCAAUCUCUCGAAGCAGUUGAACCACAUAUUAGAAAUGUUGCUGAGAAGCAACAUAUUGAUUAUGAGCUAUAUGAAUUGAAUGAAAGCGAAAAAGAUGAUUAUGAAGGGAACAGUUUUCAGACCAAUGAUUUUGGAGAAUUGAGUUUUGAUUAUAGACAAAAUGAACAGGAGAUAGACAAUGCUUACACAUUGAGGAACUCAAUGGAGAUGAACAGUGGCAAAAACCAAGGGGACCAAAUACUUGGUCAACGACAUCGAGCGGGCAGUCAUUCUGCUCCAAUCUACGCAGAGAAGUUUGACCCUGCUGACAGAACUAGAGAAAUCCGGGCUUCUGUGUCAAAACUUAGUACUCAUGUGCUUCCAACUCCAGCUGAUGCAAAGGGUUCAAUAACAAAUAGUUCGAAAAACAUGUGGCAUUCAUCCCCACUCGACAUUGAGAAGCCGGAGAAAUUCAUAGAUAACCGUUCGUCCGCCCUCAGUUUUUCAAAAUCGGAAAUAACUUUUGAAGAGAACAACAGCAACAAGCAGCACUUCCUCCCUCUUCCUUUCCCCCCCGCCGAAGGAGCUGCUGCCCCACAAGCUGAUACUCAGAGUGGAUUCGAUACUCGUAAAAUAAAAAGGCAAGCUUUCUCAGGUCCUUUAGCAAGCAAACCAUCAUCAAACAAGCCUGCACAUUCUAGUGGACUCAUCAGCACCACUGAACCACCUCAAUUAUUUUCCGGAUUUGUUUCUCGAGUAUCUGGUCCACUGGCUCCUUCAUUUGUAAAGACAUCUCAUAGUGCUUCACCUCCACUUGUAUCUUCGCCCAAGAUAAGUGAGCUGCAUGAGCUGCCUAGGCCCCCCGAUUCUUUUGGGUUCAAACCUGUAAGUUCUGUGGUGGCACUUGGGCACUCUGCUCCACUAGUCAAUAGAAACCGAGAAGUAUCUCCGACAAAUAGGAAUCCUUCAAGGAAAUCGAUAGGAGGGUCUCCACUUCCGCUGCCGCAACUUACUGUGUCUAGAAGUUUCUCCAUACCCUCUAGUAGUUAUAGAGCAGCAGCUUUUCAUUCAGGUAAGCUAUUGGGAUCGUCUCAAAUUGUGCAGAACACACAAGGAGUUGCUUCUCCUCCAUUAACACCUUUGCACCUAUCAAACAUGAAGCCACCAAACUCCGGGCAGAUAAGAGGUGGCAGCUGAAUUUGUAUUGCAUUUAUCGGUGGAACACAUACGCUCUCAUUCUUUCACACUUGGGGCUGAGUAUAAUUUGCCAGUUUCUUGCUCUGCGUAAAUGUGUGUAAAUAUAAUCAGUUUUGUUUCUCUUUGUAUUUCGUGGAAUCACAUUCACAACCCUUUAUUUCCGUUGCUCAAUUAAUUCAUAUGUCUGGAGGUUCAGUUAGUAUAUCAAAGUUUUGCCAUUAUUAUUGUUUA